UCAAAAUGGCUGCACACGGUAGGUGAGGCCCGAGCGAAGAAAAGUGGAAAAGAGUGUUAUUCGUCAAAAAACCCACACAACGACGGUCAUUUUUUCGCCGUGCUAUUGUAAAAUUGUCUUUUAUCUGUGUUUUGUGUUCCGGGGGACCCCGACUCCAGAAUGUGAAAGUUUCCCGCGUGAAGCCGCUCCACCGUCUCGCCGAGUGCCAGCAAGAGUCAUGAGUACUUGUCAACUCGACUCCUCAACUGGAGAUAACUUUCUAGCACCUCACCAUGGGGAAGGAUGUAUUCAUAUGCCUUCACCAGCACCUGCAUUAAACAUGCAGAGAGUUACACAAGUUCUUACCACCUUGGGGCACCAUUCAGGGUGCCUUUUCAUCUGAUUACAUUUAUAAUGAACAGGGACAUUGCGGUUGUCCCAAGUGGAUGGUAUGAUGAUAGGAUGGUUUUCUGGCCCAGCUAUAAAAACACCGACAGAAUUGAAAGGGCCGUUUUAAAUGAGGAGCAGCAUGAGCCAAACUGGCCAAGAUUUGACGUUUCUGUUGUCCGAACUUGUGACAACUACAAAGACGCAUUAAAAAUAAUGCAACAAUAUGGAAAGGGCUGCAACACCUCAGACCUGCAAUCUGAGGCAGAGAACGAGGAGCUGCCAGAAAAAAGGAACAGGAAGCCAGUCCAUCGUCUCUGGGACUCAGAUGAUAGCGAAGAAGACCCGGGAAAUAGUGACCUCACAUCUCUGGGGUUGGCAAGCCAAUUGCACAGGCAGACUCCACCGUCUCGCCGAGUGCCAGCAAGAGUCAUGAGUACUUGUCAACUCGACUCCUCAACUGGAGAUAACUUUCUAGCACCUCACCAUGGAGAAGGACGCAUUCAUAUGCCUUCACCAGCACCUGCAUUAAACAUGCAGAGAGUUACACAAGGAACGGCAGUCCCUCCUCGACUCCCUCCACCCCCCUCACCAGCAGCCCUCAACAUGUGGCAGACAGAGGAGCCUGGAUCCAGCCUGGCCUACAGGCCAACAUGGCGAGGGGGAAGAAUGGCCGACAACAUUUCCUGCUCUGCGCCUGAGGUAAUCCACAUCCUUAGCCUGCUGGAAACUAUUAAGCACAACCAAGACCAGCUGAUUGCGAAGGUGCUGUGAGUAAAAAUGUGUUGACAAGGUCAGCCACGGACGCUGAGGUCACCAAACACGCCAUCAGGUGGUUCAACUUGGCGGGGGAUCGGGCAACGAGGAGACGAGUCCCGCUUCCACCUCCUCCGGAGGAAUAGAGAUGUAUAUGUAUAAAUAAACAACCUUUUAUUGGACUUCUUGUCAUUCACCAGUUAUUCAUUUUCUGAUAUGUUAGCUGUGCAUGGAGCAGCGUUUCCUUGAAGUUGUAGCCUAAUAGAUUAAAUAUGUAUAUUUACUUUUUAAAUAUAUAUUAUAUAUAUUUACUUUAUAGAGUGAAUUGA